AUGUCUGGAAAAGACAGGAUCGACGUAUUCCCCUCCAGAAUGGCUCAGACCAUCAUGAAGGCUCGGCUGAAAGGAGCACAGACCGGCCGUAACCUGCUGAAGAAGAAAUCCGAUGCCCUUUCCAUGCGGUUCCGUCAGAUCCUUCGCAAGAUCAUCGAAACGAAGACCAAGAUGGGGGAGGUGAUGAGAGAGGCGGCUUUUUCUUUGGCUGAAGCAAAGUUUGCAGCUGGAGACUUCAGCACAACUGUUAUCCAGAAUGUCAACAAAGCCCAGGUGAAGGUCAGAGCUAAGAAAGACAAUGUGGCAGGAGUCACCCUUCCAGUUUUUGAGCACUACCAAGAAGGAGGAGACAGUUAUGAGCUCACUGGUCUGGCUCGUGGAGGAGAGCAGCUCUCCAGGUUGAAGAGGAACUAUGCCAGAGCUGUCGAGCUGCUGGUGGAGUUGGCCUCCUUACAGACCUCUUUUGUCACUCUGGAUGAAGCCAUAAAGAUCACCAACCGGCGUGUGAAUGCCAUUGAGCACGUGAUCAUCCCUAGGAUCGAUCGCACUCUCACUUACAUCAUCACAGAGCUGGAUGAGAGAGAACGAGAGGAAUUCUACAGGCUGAAGAAGAUCCAAGAAAAGAAGAAGCAGAUCAGGGCAAGGACUGAACUGGAGAUCGCUGCCCGCCUGGCUGCGCUGGGUCCCAUCGCAGAGCCCUCCAACAUGCUGACCGAGGAGACGGACGAAGACCUGCUGUUUGAGUGA